UGUCACUCGGCCGACCUUGACCUCCGCCAGCAUGUCUGCCAGCUGCCGCUCUGGAAACUUCUCCUCCCGCUCCCUGGGCAGCUCCCUGCGCUGCCCAGGCUCCUACUGCGGCUCCUCCUGCGGCUCCUCCCGCCCCGGCACCCUGGCCCCCAGCAGGGACCUCUGCUCCUCCAGCCGCUGCCCGCAGGGCCCCCCUCUCCGCAGCGGCUACCAGGUCAUCUGCUGGGAGCCCAGCAGCUGCCGGCCGUCCUGCUGCAGCCCGAGGGUCCCCGUGCCGAGCAGGCCCUGCCAGGCCCCGUCCACUGGGGCUCAGGGCCGAGUGUCCAGAUGCUCCUACUCCCUGGGCUGUGGGUCCGGUGGCCUCAGACCCCAGGGUUACGGCAUCUGUGGGGUCCCUUCCCCGGGCCCUGGAUCCGGAUCCCGCCGCCCGACCUGCGGGACCCCCAGGAGCUGCCAGUCCUCCUGCUACAGACCGUCCUGCGGGUCUGGCUUCUUCUGACGAGCUUGUGAACGGUCCCGAUUCUCUCAAGUACUGAGGACCGAGUCCACCCAGUGCCACCAUCAUUCCGUCGCCAGUUGCCACAGUUAUUUUAUCGGUAAACCAUCAGUUUCUUGCCUCACCGGCUUGGACAGACCCUGAAAUUAAUGAGACACCCGAAAUUCAGUCCUCCUGCUCCUGCAUUUCCAUGGAAGAGCAAGUGAAAAUGAGUUUCAACCUAAUAAAUUCAUAUA